AUGACUACCAAACCAGGUACCGAUCACAUCGAGUUGACUGAGCCUGAGUUCCUUCAGCUCGAUCGUGAAUUGUCUGUCUGGAACUUGAUUAAGAAACACAAACGAGCUCUCCUAAUUUGUAGCAUCUCAUUUACUUCCGGUAUUCUCUUUGGUUACGAUACGAUUGUCAAUGGAGCUGGAAUCUCCAUGCCUGCAUUCAUCAUCUACUUUGGUAAGGCUGAUGCUGCAGGCAGCUUAUACCUUUCUUCCCUCUGGACUUCUCUCUGGACCUCCAUGUCUGCUCUGGCCCAAGCACUUUCGGCAACGGGAACAGGAUUCUUGGCCGAUCGGAUUGGGAGAAAGUGGUGUGGUGUUAUCGGAGGCAUAGUCUCGUUAGCCGGUGCAGCCGUACAAUACACAGCCCAGACGCCUAGUAGCUUAUUGGGUGGUAAGAUUGUCGGCGGCCUGGGUAUCGGUAUGACCAUGGCCACGGGUACGACAUACGCCUCUGAAGUUGUGCCUCCGAGAUUGGUUCCUGCAGUUCAAAAGGGACUGGUCAUUUUUAUCCUGUUCAUGCAAGGUGUGGCUAUGGGAGUCAUUCGUGCUUUUGUACCCAAUACGGCAGAGGUUGCCUUCCGUAACGUGUUUGCCAUACAAUUUGGUGUUGCUGCAUUGGCGAUGAUUGCUUAUGCACUAGCCCCUGAGACUCCGCCCUUUUUGAUUAUGCAAAACCGCCACGAGAAUGCCAAAAAGACCAUGCGCCUCUUAUACGGAGACGAUUGUGAGCUGGAGGAUCGAUAUGCUUACCUCGUUCAAACUAUCACCGAGGAAAACGCGCGUAACUCCGAGCAAGCAAGCUAUUUUGAAUGUUUUCAGGGAUGCAGCCUCAAGAGAACCCUUACCAUGUGGUUCCUGUUCGGCGCUGUCAAUAUCGGCGGAGGUCCAUUCUUAUCCCAGUCUAUUUACUUCCUCAUCACAGUCGGACUUCCCACGGUCCACAUUUUUGAUAUUUCUAUUGGUGGCUUCGCCCUUGCUAUCAUUAUCAUUAUAUUUGCUGGACUUGUGAUGCAACGCAUCCCGCCAAAUCUGGUCUUCCUCGGAGGUUGCUGCAUCAAUUUUGCCGUCCUAUUGAUCGUCGGCUGCCUGUACUAUGCCAAGGGCAUGGGCCCGGUCUGGGCUAUUGCUGUUCUCAUGAACGUUCUGAUCUCUCUACAAGCGGCUUUCAUGCAAGCCCCUGGCUGGAGUAUUGCGGCCGAGAUCUCCAGUCUACGCCUUCGCGCCAAGUCUAUGUCCCUUGGAAUCAUGGCUCAAACCCUGACUACCUGGGUGUUUACAUUCACUGUACCAUACAUGUACAAUGUGGACUCAGGUAACUUGGGAGCUCGCACAGGUUUUGUCUUUGCAGGCACAUCGGUCUUGCUCAUUCUGGGAGCUUUGACCAUUGUUCCGAAUACUACAGACCUGUCGCCCGGUGAUAUCGAUGACUUGUAUGAAGCUCGUGUCCCAAUUCGGGAGUUCUCUAAGCAUAGCCAUGGCCACUCUGAGUCUGUCUGA